UUCAAAGGCAGCGCUUCUUUCAGCUCUUCAAUCUCCCUCUUCUUUGAAUUCCCUUUUCUUCACCAAAAGAUGGAUUCAACGACGACGACGGGACUGCCGAGGACAAAAUCAGAUCAGUUACUGGAGAUAAUGGCGAGGAAGUCUCCCAGUAGAGGCCUGUCGAGCGAGGUCAUCGCAGAAGCAGCGGAAACUGCAUCGAGCCUGUCGAGGAAGUCGAGCUUUGGGAAGCGAAUGACAGCAGCUUCGCCGGGGCGCAGUGGGGGUGGCGGUGGUGGUGGUGGUGGCGGAAGGACGCACAUAAGGAAGUCGAGGAGCGCCCAGCUGAAGCUGGACUUGGACGAGGUGAGCAGCGGGGCGGCACUCAGCCGGGCCUCCAGCGCCAGCUUGGGCUUAUCUUUCUCCUUCACUGGCUUCACCGUUCCUCCUGAAGACAUCGCCGAUCUCAGAGGCUUCAGUGACAUCGACGAUGAAAUCCCUGAGGACAUUGAGGCCGGGGCCAGCACUCGGAAGAAAGUUACCAUGGAGCACACAUUGCCCAUAUAUCUCAAGUUUACAGAUGUGACAUACAAAGUAAUUCUAAAAAGUGUGAGGACAACAGUAGAAAAGGAUAUCUUAAAUGGGAUUACAGGAUCAGCAAGCCCAGGAGAAGUUCUAGCAUUAAUGGGUCCAUCAGGCAGCGGCAAGACCACCCUUCUUAAUCUUCUUGGUGGAAGAUUAAAUGAAUCUGCACCUGGUGGCUCAAUUACUUACAAUGAGAAACCAUAUUCCAAGUCUCUAAAACGCAGGAUAGGAUUCGUGACUCAAGACGACGUUCUAUUUCCUCACCUUACAGUAAAAGAAACAUUAACAUAUGCCGCUCUUUUGCGACUGCCAAAGAUGUUGACAAAACAACAGAAAGAAGAACGGGCCAUGGAUGUCAUCUAUGAGCUUGGAUUAGAGCGGUGCCAAGACACCAUGAUUGGGGGCUCCUUUGUGCGUGGAGUUUCAGGUGGUGAGAGGAAAAGAGUGUGUAUUGGCAAUGAGAUUAUAAUCAACCCUUCUCUGCUUUUCCUUGAUGAACCAACCUCUGGCUUGGAUUCAACAACAGCUCUAAGGAUAGUUCAAAUGUUGCAUGACAUAGCAGAGGCCGGAAAAACAGUAAUAACCACAAUCCAUCAGCCAUCCAGCAGACUAUUCCACAAAUUUGACAAACUGAUCCUUCUCGGGAAAGGGAGCCUGCUAUACUUUGGAAAGGCAUCAGAAGCAAUGGUUUAUUUCUCGUCCAUAGGAUGCUCCCCACUUAUAGCCAUGAACCCGGCAGAAUUUUUGCUAGAUCUUGCCAAUGGAAACAUAAAUGAUGUUUCUGUACCAUCAGAACUAGAGGAUAAAGUGCAGAUGGGAAAUUUGGAAACUGAAACAAGGAAUGGGAAGCCAUCUCCAGUAGUUGUGCAUGAGUACCUUGUGGAAGCCUAUGAGACACGAGUUGCAGAGGAGAAAAAGAAGCUUACGGUGUCAAUCUCCAUUGAUGAAGAACUUAAAUCAAAGGUAUCUUCUCCAAGACGAGAAUGGGGGGCAAGCUGGUGGCAACAGUACUCCAUCCUAUUCUGGAGAGGCCUGAAAGAAAGGCGCCAUGAUUAUUUGAGUUGGUUGAGAAUUACUCAAGUUCUUGCUACUGCAACUAUCUUGGGUUUGCUGUGGUGGCGAUCAGAUUCUAAGACCAUGAAAGGAAUGCAAGAUCAGGCGGGGUUGCUGUUCUUUAUUGCUGUCUUCUGGGGCUUCUUUCCUGUUUUCACAGCGAUCUUUACAUUCCCUCAGGAGAGAGCUAUGCUAAGCAAGGAAAGAGCAGUAGACAUGUACAGGCUAAGUGCCUAUUUCAUUGCUAGGACAACAAGUGAUCUCCCACUUGACCUCUUCCUACCCAUACUGUUCCUUCUUGUUGUCUACUUCAUGGCAGGAUUGAGGCUGAGUGUUGGUCCUUUCUUCCUAAGCAUGCUGACAGUGUUUCUCUGCAUUGUAGCAGCUCAGGGUCUUGGACUGGCUAUUGGUGCUACACUUAUGGAUGUGAAGAGGGCAACAACUCUGGCUUCAGUAACAGUGAUGACCUUCAUGUUGGCUGGUGGGUUCUUUGUGAAGAGAGUUCCGGUGUUUAUAUCAUGGAUCAGGUAUAUCUCUUUCAACUACCAUACAUACAGGCUUCUUCUCAAGGUGCAGUAUGAACACAUAACUCCUGUUGUAAAUGGAAUGAAACUGGACAAUGGAUUGUGGGAAGUUGGUGCCCUUGUUACUAUGGUUUUUGGGUACCGUCUCUUGGCAUACCUUUCUUUGCGGAGAAUGAAACUCCAAUAUGGAGCCUGAAAACAAGGGAGAUUUUUGGAAAGGACCACAUAUCGAAAUCUAUUUGCACAUUUCACUCUUCAGAGAACCAUCUAAUUGACAAGUUCACUCAUACAAGUUCAGAGAAGAGACAAAAACAAGGACAAAUGAAACAACUGUUUCAAGUUUUCCACUUCUAAUGAGUGUACAUUCAUCCCAUGUAUGAAAAGAGCAUGCGUAUGUCAUGACCAGGCAUGCUGAAAAUCUUACUGAAAGUAGAGAACCCAUAAGACUGGUUUUGGAUCAUCUUCCACAUUUUGUCAAUGGAAGGUUCCCUUUUGAGAUCAUUAGAUUAAAACAUGUUGUUCAAACCAGAACUUCAAAGAAACGUUUUUUUUUUUUUUGUUUUGAACAUGUCUUCUGUGUACUUGUUUUAAUAACCAAUCUGUUUCCAAAA